AUGGAAACAGUGAAAGAAUAUCUAGGAUAUAUCAAUCCUCAUUGGGUGGCGGUGGUUGCAACUGGAAUGUACACUCAUCUCCGAGAAAUUUGCAUAAUUGGCCUAUGUUUCGAUGAGGACAAUAGCCCUCCAUUCGAUCCUUCUUACGCCUCGGUACUAUUCAUUUUCUCAGUACUGUGUCUGCUUGCGGAGUACAGGCUUUGGCCUAGGACGCUUAAAGAACCACCGAUUCAACUUCUUUAUAUUUACGAAAUGUUAGUAGCAGCACUGACCACAAAUUUAGCCACACGUGCCAUUUGGGUGCCACUCAUGUACGUGAUUUAUUGUUUAACUCAAGAGUCCAGUAAAUGUUUACUGUGGUUAAAUACUGUUUUGGGCUUGAGCCGUUACUCAAAUUUGACUGAAUUUGCGUAUUACAUGGCGAGAGACUGCGCCGCGACGCAUAUGGCGCUUUGCAUGUCCGUCUUGUCAUUCGUUUGGAUGCUGGACGCCACCGAGUCUUUGAACGCCAUUUUGGACACUUGGACCAAGUAG